CUCCUGGCCGACGUGGAGGCGGUUGCGCGCUGCCGCCCCGCCACCCAGGCUGCUCGGGCGCUGGAGCAGAGCUGUGUGCUGGGGCCGCUGCUGGGGGCCAGUCCCAUGCCCAGUGGGCAGGAUGCGCUGUACCAUCUCAAGACCGUCAGCCCCGCGCGCACCGCCUUCCUGGAGAUCCGCAACUACCCGCGAUACGUGGACGGGGCCUCCGCGCGCACAGUGCUGCAGGGCAUGAUGGCACGGGUGCAGGACGGAGCAGGUCACCUGAUGGCUCGACUGAGCCGUACCAAGGACGGCGGCCUGUCCCGCGAGGCGCUGCUGAGCUGGGUGGCGGCGGUGGGUCGGGCCAACACAGUGCGGGGCGCGUUCGGGGAGACCUCCGACAUGCGCCUGCAGCAGGACCUGGCGGACUUCGUGGCAGGCGGCUCCGACGGCUUCCUGCUGAACGUCACGGGCGGCUGCCUGCGCCUGGCCGAGCCCUUCACCUCCGGCUGGCUGGCCAUCUACCGCUCCGGAGCCGACCCCUUCGCAGCAGCGGCGGCAGCAGCGGCAGGAGGGGCGGCCCUGCCGCGCUUUGCGGACCUGUUUGAGAAGCACCUGCGGCCCGAGUACUACCGCACGCAGCGGCACCGGCUGGGGGACCUGUCGGGGGUGUUCAAUGUGACAGGCUCCCGCGGCUCGGGUGGCUUCACGGCGGAUGACGACCCGCCCGCUGCGGGCCCGCCCAUGCUGCUGCAGUCUGAUGCCGUGGGCGGCGAGGGCGCCCCCAGCUUCAUGGCUGACGUGUUCUUCCUCACGCAGCUGCUGCUGCACGUGGGGCCCAUGCAGAGCGUGUUCAGGCGCCGAGCCAUGACAAAGCGCUUCCAGGACCGCUACCGCCGGGCGGCAGCAGCAGCAGGCGGCUCCGGGGGUGACGGAGGAGGUGAAGACGGGGACGAGGAGGGCGACAUGGGCGAGGGGGGACCUCCCAGCGCCGCCGGCGGUGGGUUACGUAAUCCGUACGACGCGCCCGUCAUGCUGGAGUGGCGGCUGUACGAGGACUGCUGCGACGCGCACCUGUGGGAGCCGGUGUUCGCGGACAACAUGACGGCGUUCGCGGUGAUGGAGCUGGACUGGGUAGCCUGGCUGGCCCGCGGUGGUGCCGGCGCCCCCGCCGCGCCCCUGCUGCGCCUGGUUCCUGAGUUCGCGCUGGGGGACGCGGUGGACUGGUUGGUGGCGGUGCUGUACGCGGGGCGGGCGGAUCUGGUGGCGGCGAAACCCAUCGGGGUCAUCCUGCGGGCGGUGGUGACCCUGCUGAAUGCCAAGGACGUGGUCCGCAGCGCAGUGCUGCAAGACAAGCUGGUGGGGCUGCUGCUGGCAAUGCUGGCGUCGCAGCUGAGCAACGUGCAGGCGCGCCAGGCUCGCGGACUGGCCCUGGCCCCCGACCGCAUGAGCACCGGGGAGCGGGCGCUGGUGGGGGCGGUGCUGGGGGCGCCGGUGACGCAGCGCCACCUCAUCCCCGCGCUGCUGCGGGCGCAUGUGAACGCGGAGCUGGUGGUGGGGCUGGACGUGGAUAAGGACUCGUACGACAAAUACAACAUGAGGAACAAGAUCGAUAUCAUCCUGGACGAACUGAUCAAGGAUGCCGUACUCAAAAGGUGCCUCGUGGAGCUGGCGGCAGCUAACGAACCGCAACAACCGCAACCGUCAACCGCCAACGGAGGAGCCGCCGGUUCCAACAGUGCUGCUGCUGCUGCUGCCACCGCUGCUGCCACUGCCACUGCUGCUGCUGCCUCCAGUAGCGGCAGCAGCAGCAGCAGUGACAUCGAGCCCGGGCUGUUCAGCGACUAUGCCUCGGGUAUCGUGAACACCGUGAUGCACUUCUUCAAGGACGGCCUGGACCGGCUGGCCGACAUCUACUCCAUAGAGCGCUCCAAGGCCGACUCUGCCGCCUGGGCCGCGCAGCCCGCGGAGGAGCGGCAGCGCAAGGAGGACUUCUACCGCGGGCAGCAGCGCGCGGCGGGCGGCUUCCUGCGCAUGGGCGCCAGCAACCUGCGCUGGCUCAUCACGCUGACGGCCGACCCCUCCAUCGCCUCCGCCUUCCUGCACGAGCCGCUGCGCGGCAAGACCGCCUUCCUGCUGGUGUCCUCUCUGGAGCUGCUGCUGGGGGAUGCGUGCAAGAAGCUGCAGGUCGCCCGCCCCGAACAGUACGGCUUCGACCUGCCUGCCCUGGUGGGCGCCGUACUGUCGCUGCUGCUGCAGCUGGGGCGGUACGACAGGUUCGUGGCGGCCCUCAUGGCGGAGCCGGACUACAGCGAAGAGAUCAUGUCCCGCGCCCUAGCCCACCUGGAGGCCACCCACCAGGCGCAGAUGGAGGCGCAGCUGCGGGCGCUGCUGGCCCGGGCGGCGGACAUACGCGCAAAGAGGGCAGCAGCGGUAGCGGCAGGGGGAGCAGCAGCGGCAGCAGGGGGUGUGCCGGUCAGUCCCAGUGCGCAGCCGCCGCUCAAGCGACGCAAGAGCGCGGAGGGCGCAGAUGCCAUGGAGGUCGAUGGCGGCAGCGGUGCCGGUCCCUCCGCUGAGGGGCCCCUGCUGGCGUGUGAGGCGGUGCAGCUGCCGGAGGAGACGUUGAAGCCGGACGAGGUGCCUGCCGCCUACCGGGAGCAGCUGGGUCCGCUGUCCGUCAGCGAGUACGACAGCACCGUACCGGGGGGCUACUUCAAGGAGAUGUCCCGGCUGGCCGACCAGGACUCCGGCUCCUCCCGCAAGAAGGCCCGCCAGCUGGCUCGCGAGCUGGCAGACAUGCAGCCGGGAGGCAAGCUGGCGCUGCCCUGCGCGGCGGACGCAGCCAUAUUCCUGCGGCAGGACGCGGCGCGCAUGGACAAGAUGCGGGCGGUCAUCACGGGGCCGCAGGGCACCCCCUACGAGGGCGGGUUGUUCGUGUUCGACAUCUUCUGCCCCGCCGGCUACCCCAGCGACCCGCCCGUCAUGAUGGUGUACAACACGGGGGGCGGCAAGGCACGGUACAACCCCAACCUGUACGCGGAUGGCAAGGUGUGCCUGUCGCUGCUGGGCACCUACAACUCCGGUCACGCCAGCGAGAAGUGGAACCCCUCACUCAGCACCAUCUACCAGGUUCUGAUGUCGGUCCAGAGUCAGAUCCUGGUGGACGACCCCAUGACCAACGAGCCGCUCAGCGAGACCCUGGCGGGCACCGCGGAGGGAGCCGCCAAGACCGCGGAGUACAACGCACGACUGCAGCUCCUGGUCAUGCGUCACGCCAUGGUGGACCCGCUGCUGCACCCGCCCCCCGGCACCGCGGACAUCGUGACAGCGCACUUCCGGCUGCUGCGCGGGCGGCUGGCGGAGCGGGUGCGGGCGUGGGUGCGGGCGGCGCCCAGCGAGGAGCUGCGGGCCAAGCUGGAC